GGUGGAAAAAGUGUGUGUCGAAGAGAUUCAUUGAUUUUCUCAUAGGAUGUUGCAGCUGUGAAUUUCUCAGGAUAAACAGUGAAAAUCGCACAAAAUGCUGAGGAAUCUCCUGCCUGUGCUGUCCUCCAAGUACUUCAGUGCCAUUUCUGUGGUGCGACAAAGCCGUGCGGCGAAGACAUUGGCGAGUGGAGCUGAUGUCAUUGAUUCCUGGAGGAGCAAACUUGAGGAGCUCAAUGUUCCGGACGUGAAGUCGUCACUGGACAACAUUCUCGGGCAUGUCCUGCAGCAGAAGCAGGUUCAUGACCUGAGCGAAAGCAAGGACUUGUCUCUGACCCCAGAGCAGCUGGAUCACUUCGAGAAGCUGUGUCACUGUCGCGUGGCACGAAUGCCCAUCCAGUACAUCGUGGGCGAGUGGGAGUUCCGUGAUCUGGUGCUGAAGAUGCAGCCGCCGGUCUUCAUUCCGCGCCCAGAGACUGAAGAACUCGUGGAGUUGAUCCUGCAGAAGCAAGAGCCCACGAAUCCCGUGACGUUCCUGGAGAUCGGAUGCGGCUGUGGCGCCGUGUCGCUGGCACUCCUUAAGGCGCUGCCGCUGGCCAAGUGCAAGGCUGUGGAUCAGAGCAGCAUGGCUUGUCUGCUCACGCUGAAGAAUGCCAUUUACCAAAAGCUUUCGGAUCGCAUUUCUGUGUCACAGCACAAGAUCAGCGACAGAGUGAAGGAUGACGACUUCUCCGUGAAGUUUGACUUCAUUGUCUCGAAUCCGCCGUACAUUUCGUCGCACGAUCUCAUGGAUCUCGACCCUGAGAUUCGACUAUACGAGGACUUGCGCGCCUUGGACGGCGGCGAGGAUGGGAUGAAUGUGAUCAAGUCAGUGCUCAGAGUGGCGUCCAAGUUCCUCUCCGAAGAAGGAACGCUGUGGCUCGAGGUGGAUUCCUCGCAUCCAGAACUCGUGGUGCGAUAUCUGGACGCUCAUCGCGAGAGUCUCCGACUGAAGUUCGUGGCCAGCUACACAGAUCUCUUCCAGAACGACAGAUUCGUGGAGAUCGUCAAGGAGGCUUAAACAGG